UUGGGUUGCCGUGCCGAUUGGCUGCUGUUCAUAGACAUACAGUCACGGGCUUGAAACAGAACCAGGGGCAGGUCGACAGCAAGGAAACCAUAAUCAUUGAAAAAGAAAAGUACAACGUCCGUAUCGUAACACAAGAGGUGCAGAGUGAUGAUACAGUAGUGUUCUCGGGUUCUCUGGCCUACUGCUGCAGCUGCGGCUGGGAUUUUCUUGAUCCACUUUCACAAUUUGGAAAAAAGUGUCAUUUCACGCGCACAAAUGAAGAGUUUAAAAUAACAGUGACAUUGGCCAACAUGUAAAUGAUAUCUAAGCGGUUUCUGAACUCUUGGAGAGCUAGUGUGGUUGAAGCAGAAGCACUUCUCCUGGAGAAGCCAAGGGUCCCCUCUGUCUGCUCAGACUUCACCAAAACAAUCACUGAAGGAACUACAAAUAACACAGAAAACAAAGUGUCUGUGCCAGUGGAAUUACCCAACAUUAGUCCUCUGACCACUGGAACAGUUGCACAAAAAGUGCACAUCAACACCUUACCACAUAAUCAGGGGUCUGAAAACAAAAAGAAACAGAGAAAGUCUUCAACACAUUUAAAAUCCGAGGAAAUUCAUUGUGAAAGGGAUAUGAUUAUGGAAGCUUUGGACAGUCCCUACUCUGACAUUGAUUCUGUACCACAGAUCCACAGAUUUCCCAAAAGCACUCAGCAAAUUUCAAAGCACUGCACUGUUGAUAAUCAAUCAAACUCGACCUCAAGUCAACUUCCCAUUACAAAUGGCCAAGAAGUAAAGAAGAACAUCGAGAACCAGGGUGGCCUUUGGUUCAGCAAAACAUGGAGAGGGCAGGUCAAUGGGGGACUUAUUCGUGCUGGAAUUAAAUCUGUGAACUGUUCUUUAGGGAAGGUAUCUUGUAAAAUUAAGAUGCCAGAUUCCAUAAGCAUGAAACCCAAAGAAAAUCACAUCACUGGACUUGAACGUCUAUCUAAUGAAGCCAAGAAAGCUCUCGAUAGGAGAGUGAAGUUCCUUCCAGCAAGUAGUCGUCUGAUGACAAGAGCACUGAAGGCCAUGGAGGAGGCAGAGUGGACGAAGAAACAACUGAUAAACCAAGAGUCAGCAUCAAAGGUCAAAACAGAAAAUUGUGUGUCUUCUUCUGACAUUACAAUGCCUGAAACUACAGAUGUAGACAAUCAUAUCCCUUCACAGAAGAUGCCAACUACAGCAAGCUACGUUCUUAACAAGGACUCAAAAAGUAACAUACAGACCCAGCUAUCAUCGGAUCUUUUGAGUUUUAAAGACGAUGCAAAUUUUGUCAACUCUGAAGAUAACGUUUCUUUGAUCUCUCAAGCACCUGUUGCCUUUCAUUCAUCCAAAUACAAACAAGGGAGUCAUGCUACUGAUUCAUCUUCUAGUUAUACUCCAUCAUUAUGCUUAAAGAUAGAAGAUGUGGAGAACAUGAAAGAAAUAACCUUCAAAUCUCUAAGUAAUGAUCACAUUGGCCAGCGUUUGUCAUUUCAUCCUGAUGCAAACUAUAAGUUUAGCACAUUAUUAAUGAUGCUCAAGGAUGUGCAUGAUACCCGAGAUGGAACCGCAUUGGUAAUAGAACCUUUACCUGUAAAUGAUCUUAUUAAAGAAGAGCCAUCACUGAUUCUGGAUGUAAAGGAUGAGAUGACCACAGUAAACACUGUGGAUAUACAAAAAUGUCAAGUGGGCAAAACUGCAUCAAAACAGAAGAUGAAACUGAAGUCUGGGACAAAUAUGUUCCCAGAAAUUCAGCUAACCUCUACUGUGUCAAAACAUGCUCAAAGACCUAGCAAAAGAAAUGGUUCGAAAAAGAAAACCACUGAGAUCGCAGCAAACAUCCAAUCAAAAGAUACGUUUGACAAACUGAUAUCUGAGCACCACCUGCCCUCAGAAGAACCAGACUCCAAGUUGUCAGCUAAUGUGCCCAAAAAGCGUUGGCAAAGGUUCAGCCAAGUCAGUAACAAAGCAUUACAUGUAGUUGAAGGUACUUGUGUUCAAAAAACUAAACAAUUACCCUCAGAAAAUUGUGACGUUUUGGUGGGUAAUACAAUUAAGUCUUGUCCUUUUGCGCCUGGAAAGAAAACUGCCAUCAAUGUAUCUGAAAACACACAAGGCAACUGUCAAAAAAAUGACAUCCCAACUGAAUGCAAACGGAUUAGAAAACCUAGCAAAAGACUCAUUGAAUGGACAGAAGAAUACGAUAAACUGUUUUCCACCAAGAAGAAAGCAAAAAAGAAACCUGAGUCCUUUACUAAGGUUGAAAACCACAACUGUAGUAGCCCAGUGGAGAAAAGAUCUGGUGAAAGUACACAGAAACCUCAGGUGCCAGAACAAUGUGUGUCAAGACCCUUGCCGGAAUUACAGACUCCUCCUCCAGAAGACCAGUCUCGAAGCACUCUUUCAAUAAAUACCAUGCCAUGUCAAGAGAGACAGGUGUUGUCUGUAGACAUGCUAACUCCACCUCCAGAAACAAUCCCAUCCCCAUGUGCUGACGUUUGUCAUAAGGAGGAGCUUCAACUACAAAAUGUUUUAGCCACUGGUGAUGGUGUGUGUCUUAGCACAAAGAGACAACGAAAACCCACCAAAAAGAUUCUAGAACGCUCCAUUGAAGCUGAACCAGUUCUUGUGCCUAAAAGAAAGGUGAAGUCACAGAAGAUUUGCUCAUCUGGACAAUCUACAAAUUCAGGGAUUGGACGACAAUCAUCAAAAAAUAAGAACGAGCAAACUUUUGAGCCAGUCAACUCAACAACUGCCCCAUUCUUUAAAAGCCUAGAGAUGGAGACAGAAGUUUCCCCUGAAAUGCCUAAGGCAGUUAACCCAGAAUCAGCUAAGGAUGGUUCAGAUGAUCUCAAAUGCUCAGAUUUAGAGAUGGUUGAAUCUAGUUAUGGCUUGUGUUCUGAAAGAGAAGAACAUUUGAAAUCCCAUGAAGGAGUCUCGGAUAAAAGGCUCUCAGGGGAGAAAGGUGACAACACUUUAUUCAAGGAGAAUGUGUGCCAGACAUGUGAGAAGCAGGGAGAUCUCCUCCUGUGUGAAGGGCAAUGCUGUGGGGCAUUUCAUUUACAAUGCACUGGCCAGAACGAACUUCCUUCAGGGAAAUUUCUAUGUCAGGAGUGCACAUCUGGUAUACACUCGUGCUUUUCUUGUAAGAGCCUGGCUGAGGAUGUCAGGCGCUGUAUGCUUCCAGGAUGUGGGAAGUUCUACCAUGGGGAGUGUGCUGCCAGCCAUGCACCAACAGUACCUCUGAACCGGGCUUUUCGUUGCCCUCUGCACACCUGCCUAUCGUGUUUCAUCACAAACCCUACCAAUCCAUCGAUAUCUAAAGGCCAGCUAACCCGCUGUAUCAGAUGCCCUGUAGCAUAUCAUGCCAAUGAUUACUGCAUACCUGCUGGGAGUGUCACUCUAACCCACAGCAACAUAGUGUGUCCCAAUCACUUCACACCAAGAAAAGGCUGCCGCAACCACGAGCAUGUCAACGUCAGCUGGUGCUUCGUCUGCUCAGAAGGAGGUAGUCUGCUGUGUUGCGAGUCAUGUCCUGCAGCAUUUCACAGAGAGUGUCUGAACAUCGACAUGCCAGAAGGCAGCUGGUACUGCAAUGAUUGUCGUGCUGGAAAGAAACUGCACUACAAGGAGGUAGUGUGGGUAAAAGUUGGCCGCUACAGAUGGUGGCCGGCAGAGGUUAGCAAUCCCAAAGAUAUUCCCGAGAAUAUCCUACGCAUGAGACAUGAUGUUGGAGAGUUCCCGGUUCUUUUCUUUGGCUCUAAUGACUACCUGUGGACUUAUCAAGCCCGUGUUUUUCCUUACAUGGAGGGCGAUUCCAACAGUAAAGAGAAAAUGGGAAAGGGGGUUGACUCCACUUAUAAGAAAGCACUGGAAGAAGCUGCAGUAAGGUUCAAACAACUGCAGGCCGAGAAAGAACUGCGGCAGCUGCAGGAAGACCGACUAAAUGACAAGAAACCUCCACCAUACAAACAUAUUAAGGUGAAUAAACCGAUUGGAAAAGUGCUGAUCAUUUCAGCAGACCUUUCUGAAAUUCCACGUUGCAACUGCAAAGUGGCAGAUGAGAAUCCCUGUGGUAUGGACUCUGAGUGCAUCAACCGAAUGCUGCUGUACGAGUGUCACCCACAGGUGUGUCCCACAGGUGAGCACUGCCAGAACCAGUGCUUCACCAAACGACAGUACUGCAAGGUGGAGAUCUUCAGAACGCUGUCUCGAGGCUGGGGGCUGCGCUGUGUGCACAACAUCAAAAAGGGAGGAUUUGUUAACGAAUAUGUUGGAGAGGUGAUUGAUGAGGAAGAAUGUCGUACCCGGAUUAAACAUGCUCAAGAGAACAAUAUCAGCAAUUUCUACAUGCUUACAUUGGACAAGGAUCGAAUAAUUGAUGCCGGGCCCAAGGGAAAUGAAGCCCGCUUUAUUAACCACAGUUGUCAGCCAAACUGUGAGACGCAAAAAUGGACUGUCAACGGAGAUACGCGUGUUGGGCUUUUUGCGCUUACAGAUAUCCCUGCUGGCACUGAGUUAACAUUCAACUAUAACCUUGAGUGUCUGGGCAAUGGGAAGACAGUGUGCAAGUGUGGUGCAUCUAAUUGCAGUGGAUUCCUGGGAGUAAGGCCAAAAAACAACCCCCCAUCAGAUGACAAAGGCCGUAAACUGAAGAAGAAGUCUCAGAUGAAGCGUAAAUCCAAGCAGGAAGUAAUCAAGGAGCGGGAAGAUGAGUGCUUUAGCUGUGGAGAUGGAGGACAGGUUGUAUCUUGCAAGAGGCCUAGCUGUCCUAAGGUUUACCACGCUGGCUGCCUCAAUCUCAACAAGAGACCUGCAGGUCGUUGGGAGUGUCCUUGGCAUCAGUGUGACUUGUGUGGGCAGGAAGCAGCUUCUUUCUGUGAGAUGUGCCCUAGCUCCUAUUGUGCCAAACAUCGAGAUGGCAUGCUUUUUAUAUCCAAACUGGAUGGCCGCUUGUCAUGCUGUGAGCAUGACCCCUGCGGCCCCGAGCCACUGGAGCCUGGUGAGAUCCGGGAAUACCCCCCGGAACUCAUGACUACAUACCCUAUAAACUUCAUCAGAGCUGCCAAAACCAAAUCCACAACCCUAAAUACUACAGCUGUCCCGCAGGCUCCAUCUCCCCCUGAUGUAGCCCCUCAGGUCUCCUUUAGCCCCUCCAGCAGUCCUCCACCACUUGACAUGCCUUUAAACUGUGCAUAUUCACCAAUUUCUCCCUAUGGAGAAGAAAAAAGCAGCCCUCCACCACUUGACAUGCCUUUAAACUGUGCAUAUUCACCAAUUUCUCCCUAUAGAGAAGAGGAAGCAGAAGAGGAAGAAAGUUUGAUACAAUUAGAAAGGGAUGGUGAGAAGAGCAUAACUCAAGAGAAUUCGGAACGAUUGAUGAUAAAGAAGAAAACCGAAGUAAUAAGGUUUAAUCUAUAGAAGCAAACUAACCUGAGUUUACAUUUCCCAACAGACAUUUAUAGUUUUCUCGCACAACUUUCACUGAGGGUAUCUGUUGGCUUCAGCUUUUUACAACAAACUUGAAUAUGGUUCACAAAACUUUUUUCAUCUCCGUCAGUAAUGUCUUUGAUGGAGAGGACACAGAUUUACGAAGAUGACACAAUGUUUUUGAAAAAAUUAUUCAAGAACUGAACAGAACCAAUAGAAGUUUACUUUGGACUUAAGAGUAUUGUAAAUUGAUCAUAAUUAAAAUGAUUUAAAUGUCAGUGUCUUGAUUCUAGCCAACUGUUUAAAUAACUUGAAGUAUAAUUGAAUUGAAUAAUUUUGAAGUACCUUUCUAUAAUAAUCCAAAAUUCGCCUGCUAACAUGUGCAGACAAAAGCAAAACAUUUACAAGAAUGCUUAUAAUUUAUUUUAGAUAAUUUAGGAAAUUUCCCAGAAUUGUCUGAAUUAAUCUUUGCCAAACUGGCACAAAAUCCAGAACUUGAUGCAACUCACAAAGGAACAGUCAUGAUUGAUCAUAUCCACUGAUAUGCCCAAAAUUCUUUGGUAUAAAUUAUUCUGUGACUUUAAACAUGAACUGUGUGAUUUUUUUUUUUUUUUUUUGGCAUCCAACAGUUACAAAACAGGAAAUCCUGUCCCAACUUACCAGUCAUUGAGAAAGUACAACUAUGUACUAGAUUUCUUAACUGGACUAGUCAGAUAAUGAAAAUUCUGCCUUGCUGUAUAUAAUUUAAUACAUUAAAUCUAUAUAGGAGAAGGUGACUGGCUUUCAAGCCUUAUAAAUACCCCCAGUCAAGUCUAUGGCAUUAAGUACAUUAAUGUAAAAUUUUCUAUAAAGGCUGAUGAUAUCUUAAAUAAUGUUUAACAUACAGUAGUACAUUUUGAACUGAAACCAAAUAGUGUAAAACACUAUUAUUGCCAACAAAAGCCCUCUAGUCUUCUGUGAAGGUAAGGUCUAGGACAAAUGAUUGUGGCUUGUUACAUAUCUACACUCUUGAAACUUUUCACCCCGUCUAACUGCUCAAGUGUUCCUCAUGAUGAACAGAAUUUCUUUUUUUUUUUUUUUCUUAAACUGUAUUUAUGUGUAUAAUUCCACUUAAUAGUUUUAACGCUGCUCUAA